CUGUUUUCUUCUCAGAGACACAUAGAAAGGAGAACAGAGUUCAAAAAGAGAGAGAGCUGUGAUGUGGGGCAGAUGCUGUCAGCCGGACAUUACUACUGACAGAAAGGGGUGGGCGUUCCUUUCUCUUUUCUGUCUUGCGUUUGCAGUGCAGGAAUCUCUCAGCUGCGUGUGGGAUUGCAUCGGGAGGCGCUGCAAAUGACAAAAGAUGGGAUCUUUUGGUCUACGGCGUGGACUAAACGGCAAGCGAGUGUCCGUUCCGUCUCCAGCUUUCUCUAACUUUGUUUUCUUCCAAAUCUUGUCCCCUGCCACUCCUGGCUGCAAGCAAAGCUUCUUGGCAAAUCGCUGUAAAAAAAAAGCUUCUUGGCAAUGCUGCUUCUUCUGCAGUCCCAAAGAGCUGGUUGCUAAUUUGAGCCAACUAUUUCUGCUACUGGUUCGUCGAAAACCUGGUCAGAGAGGGCAGGUGCUCUUCGCCUGGCCCUGGCCCCAGGGUGUAUCUCCAUCGGAGGCCUCUUUCGGAAGUCAGACUUUUCUUUCUGACUUCUCUUCCUCCGAAACAAAAAGGAAAAGUUUGCGUUCUGAAAUGACAUUUCUUUCUUUCUAAUGAGUUUGGGGAGCUAGAGAUGCUCUGAGAAAAGAGAAGAACAGUCUGAUCCCUGUAGCAUCCAUUCGAAAUCCCCCAGGUUUGUUUAAGCUAGGAGAGUCUAAUCACCUUGUGUGCCUGGUCCUACCUUUUGGCUUUUGGCAAAGUUCCGACAAUCAUCAUCACGUGUACAAGACCGAAAUUCGGGGGUAUAGAACGGGUAUGAAAUGAUGAAAAAAAAAAGACAGAGAGUAUCAAAUGAUGCACACACACAUGUGACUGAUUUGAUCACACCUUCAGGGUAGAUAAUCCUUCGGAUCUGUACUGUAGUACCAGUGCACUGGACGCUAGUAGUAAGGCUUAACAUCAGGGUCCCCCACACUUAAAUUGCCCACUCCAUCGAAAUCAAGAGAGCAAGGAUAUCUCAGUAUCUCGCUCACUCUCAUCAGUCGUCAGUGCACUGAGCCCCAGACUCUCGGCAGACCCGCUCCACUCCAUCCAUACUCCAUGACCAUGAUGCACCUCCAGACAAAUCUCACUGCCCUCCUUGUCCCCAGCUGAGCUGCAGUGGCCGGCCGCCGACGGUUUCCUUCUAGCUUCUCGAUUUUCUUGGACUCUCCGUUCCUUUCUCAUUGUUGCCUUUCCUCCUCCUCCGCCUGGCACACAAAGCUGUGACCUGUCCUUGCGCCCCCUUCCUUCUCCAUUGUUGCUCAACUCAAACAACAACUCCCCAUUGCCCCCCAAAUCCCGAGAAUCUUUCCUGACCUUCGGCCGCUUCACGCAUUUCACGCGGCCGCACUCGCUCGGGGCAGGAUUUGGAUUGGAGCCGGUGAAGUCAGAUCCGUUACGAUCCGUUCCUUUCUCUCCCAGGAUGGGUUCCGUGAAGCUGGGCUCCAACUCCAACUCCAAGCCGGACGCGUUCACCAGGCGAGGCCAAGCAUGGUUCUGUACAACCGGACUUCCCAGCGACAUUAUUGUUGAGGUUGGGGACAUGUCUUUCCACCUUCAUAAGUUCCCUCUGCUUUCAAAGAGUGACAUCCUGGGAAGGCUGAUUGAGGAGAGUCCAGACCAAGAUGAAUGUAUCAUCAAAUUAUCCGACAUCCCCGGGGGUGCAAAAUCAUUCGAGUUAGUGGCAAGGUUCUGUUAUGGUGUGAAGGUAGAACUCUCCCCAGCAAAUGUUGUCCACCUUAGAUGCGCCGCUGAAUAUCUCCAGAUGACAGAAGAAACAGCCGAGGAUAACCUCAUCAAUCAGACAGAAACGUUCUUUAACCAAGUAGUCCUCCGCAGCUGGAAAGAUUCCCUUGAAGCACUUAAGGCAUGCGAUGCCCUUCUCCCUCAUGCCGAAAACCUUCACAUUGCAAAGAGAUGUGUUGAAUCGCUAGCUGCCAAGGCUAGCAUUGAUCCAGAUCUCUUUGGCUGGCCAGUCUCAGAACACGGUGUGAUGCAUAUCCCUGGGGGCAGUAUAUUGUGGAAUGGUAUAAGCACGGGCGCGAAGCUCGGGAACUGCAGCUCAGAUUGGUGGUAUGAUGAUGCUUCAUCCUUGAGCUUCCCUACAUACAAGAGGCUUAUUUCCACUAUGGAGUCGAGAGGCACCAAAGAGGAGAUCAUUGCGGGUUCACUCACAUACUACGCCAGGAAGUGCCUCCCAGGAUUGAAUAGGCGUCAAAGUACGGGACUGGUGCCCCUGACUACUGCUGCUAGCCUAUCCGAAGAAGAACAAAGGCAUUUGCUUGAGGACAUUGACGGGAUGCUGCCUCUUCAGAGAGGUCUAGUAUCGACAAAUGUUUUGUUGUGGCUGCUUCGAACUUCCAUGAUUCUGAAAGUGAACCGAGCUUGCAUUUCCAACUUGGAGAAAAGGGUUGGCAUGCAAUUGGAUAAAGCCACAUUGGAGGAUCUACUGCUGCCGAAUUUCUCAUACACCAUGGACACACUAUACAAUGUUGAAUGUGUGCGCAGGAUCCUUGAUCACUUCUUGGCAAUGGAACAGUCGAUGGGCGGUGGCUCACCAUGCUUGGAUGAUGUGAUGGAUUCUCCUUCAUUGGCACCGAUCACCGCUGUUGCUAAGCUCAUCGAUGGCUACCUUGCAGAGAUUGCACCAGAUAUCAAUCUGAGGCCACCGAAAUUCCAGUCUCUUGCAGCUGCUUUGCCUGAAUAUGCUCGGCCGCUGGAUGAUGGUCUUUACCGUGCCAUUGAUGUAUAUUUAAAGGCGCAUUCUUGUCUACCGGAAUCAGAGCGUGAGCAGCUCUGCCGGCUGAUCGACUGCCAGAAGCUCUCCCUGGAGGCGUGCACCCACGCCGCACAGAACGAGCGCCUGCCGCUGCGUGUGGUGGUGCAGGUCCUCUUCUUCGAGCAGCUCCAGCUGAGGACAUCCAUCGCCGGGUGUCUUAUGGUCUCUGACAACCUGGAAGGAUCGUCACUUCCCCUGCGCUGCAGCGGCGCCACCACAACGUCCGGCGAAGCCGGUGCAGGCUGGGUCACUGGGGCGGCAGUGAGGGAGAACCAGGCUCUCAGGGCCGGCAUGGAUAGCAUGCGUCAGCGGCUGGCGGAGCUCGAGAGGGAGUGCUCCGGCAUGCGGCAGGACAUUCGGAAGCUCGGCUGCGCCGCGCCUGGGAAGGAUGGGUGGGCAGCACGGGUGCAGAGGAUGUUCAACCUGAAGAUGAAGCUCCAGAUGUGCAGCACCGAAGAAGGGAAGAUGAGCGAGCGGCACAGGAGCGUGAGCGCCAAGCUGGAGAAGCUGCAAGCCAAGGUGGCCAAGCACAAGGAACACCUCUCCAUUGACGCCUGAACCCCCCCCCCCCCCCCCCCCCCGAGCCCCCCCCCCGAGAAGGACGGCUAACCACCCGGCCUCUGCAUCGCACACAACUGCUUCGUGUUUCUCUUGCAGAGCUGAAUGUGCAGUAGCUGUCACUGAUAACUUUCGAACCCUUUGUGAUGUUUUUGGUGGUCUGGUGCGACCGAUGAUGCACCAUGCCGAACGCAGGAGUUUCGCGGGAAACAGCUUAAUUUCCGCCCGGAUCUGGAAAACAAAAGACGACCGAUUCAACCGAUUCGAGAAGGCUUUUGGCCUGUGAUGAUUUAUUGUAACUUGUUUGAGGGCUAAAAUUGCAGUGCUGCAGUUGGAUUCUUCAGGUAGCGUUGUGACUGCUUAACCCCCUUUUGUUUGUGUUUUGUGGUUCUGUAUAAUGUAAUCUCAGAGGAAUCCUGUUAUGAUGUAGCCAAGAAAUAGGGGACUGGCUGAACUUAGAAGCAGUGAGCAGUUGUGAUUCCGAAUGGUU